CCAGGACACGUGACGCCGCCGGGCUCUCGGUCAGUCCUGAGGUGGAGCUGUUCCGCCAUUUUCCCGAAUCCUCCCGUUCCCUGUUGCAUUCCUUACUGUCUGACGGAUAAUUGUGGGCAGUAACAAGUCUGGUAAUUAGCAAGAAGCAUCGUCAGCGCCUCCUCUCACACCGCGCGUGUGCAGUGUCCUCCUCCAUGGUUACGUGUGCAGUGCGCCCCUUACCGUCACACCGGAGCCCCCUCCUUAUUCUGCCUGCUGUCUGAUACCUGCCUUGUGACAUCCCCGGGAGCCAACAUGUCCGGCCAGAGCAUCACGGACCGCAUCACGGCGGCGCAGCAUAGUGUCACCGGAUCUGCCGUGUCUAAGAUCGUAUGUAAGGCCACUACCCACGAGAUCAUGGGCCCCAAGAAAAAGCACCUGGACUGUGAGUACCGUGCGGCGACCAAGAUACCGGGUGAUGUGGGCUGGUUGUGUGCUGGCCGGGUGUUUACAGCCUAUUCACUUUGCACAUUAAAGGGACCCUACCCAAUAAAAUGUGUGUUGUGUGAUCCGUUUGUUUCUGUUCCCAUAGGUUAUGACAUGUCUACCUUUAUAAGACGUUAUAGCAGAUACCUGAAUGAAAAGGCCGUUUCUUAUAGACAAGUUGCAUUUGAUUUCACCAAAGUAAAAAGAGGGGCUGAUGGAGUCAUGAGAACGAUGAACACAGAAAAGCUUCUAAAAACUAUGCCCAUCAUUCAAAACCAAAUGGACGCACUUCUUGAUUUCAACGUUAAUGCCAACGAGCUAACAAAUGGGGUCAUUAACGCUGCCUUCAUGCUCCUUUUCAAAGAUGCCAUAAGACUUUUUGCUGCAUACAAUGAAGGAAUUAUUAAUCUGUUGGAAAAAUAUUUUGACAUGAAAAAAAUUCAGUGUAAAGAAGGCCUUGACAUCUAUAAAAAAUUCCUUACGCGAAUGACUCGAAUCUCUGAAUUUUUAAAAGUUGCAGAGCAAGUUGGAAUUGAUAGAGGAGACAUUCCAGAUCUUUCUCAGGCUCCUAGUAGUCUUCUUGAUGCAUUGGAACAACAUUUAGGGUCUUUAGAAGGAAAGAAAAUCAAAGAUUCCACGGCAGCAAGCAGGGCUACAACACUUUCAAAUGCAGUCUCAUCCCUUGCAAGUACAGGCCUGUCGCUCACUAGAGUAGAUGAAAGGGAAAAGCAAGCUGCAUUGGAAGAGGAGCAGCUUCGUUUAAAAACGUUAAAGGAACAACGCCUUAAAGAGCUUGCCAAAAAACCUCAUAGCGUCUCUACGACAGCCUCCUCUCCUGUAUCCUCCUAUGCAGGCAGCAUAAACACCACAUCUGCAAUUGACAUUUUUGCAACACCUGCUUCUGCAAACAGUAAUUCAAUGCUGCCAAAUGACCUGCUUGAUAUGCAGCCAACGUUCCAGCCAGCUGCGCAUCCGCUCUCUACUGCACCACAAGUAACGGGGACAUGGGGAGAUCCUUUCUCUUCUGAAGCUGUUGAUGAUGUCAUUCCAAGUCUAAAUCCUUUCCUCAAUAAAUCUAAUGAGGGUGCCCAUCUUCCUGUAACUACAGAUACAGCCAAUUAUACAGCUAAGACACCUAACCAUGAAAUAUUUGUUGGUUUUGAUGAUUUGGGAGGACUUCUAAAGCCAACUGUAUCGUCUCAAAAUCAGAAUCAUCCCUUAUCCAAGCAGUCGUCAAACAAGCUAGUGUCAGACGAUCUGGAUUCAUCCUUGGCCAACCUUGUAGGCAGUUUGGGCAUUGGAAAUGGAACACCUAAAAAUGACGUUCAUUGGAGUCAACCAGGAGAGAAGAAACUAACUGGAGGAACUAAUUGGCAACCCAAAGUGGCCCCUACGACAACUUGGAAUCCAGCUACUUUGAAUGGCAUGCAUUUCCCACCAUACGCACCACCAAUAAUGGCCUAUCCAGCCACAACACCCACAGGAUUUGUAAACUAUGGGAUGCCUCCUCAAAUACCAGUAAUGCCACAGCAAACAUUAGUAUACAACCAACCUGUUAUGAGAGCACCUAACCCAUUUGGCCCUGUAUCAGGAGCACAGUUGUCUGCAGCAUCAAGCCCCUCCAAUCAGAGUCCUCACAGAGCUCCCGGGAACGAACCUGUCCCACACUUCUCUUUGCAGGAUUUCUUGUAGGACUAUUUAGAUGCAGUUCAUGUAACCUAGCUGUGUGGGAGCAGCCUUCGACAAGGCCAUGCUCCGAUACCUACUUCCAGACAAAUCCAAGCUGCUGUUAAGCUGUCCUCUUCCACAUGAAUGGUACAAUAACUAGAUUUGGAGCAAUGAAAGACAUGGAGAACAUCAUUAAAAGGCUCACGUGUGAGGAAAUGAUGCAUUCCAAUCUUUUGUCUUCAGCCAUUUGGAGUGGUGGCAACGAGUCAUUUUGUGGAGCUACAAGUUAGGUUGCGAUUGCUGAAAACACACUUAACUACUGGAUUUUGCUGUGCUGCGUGAAGUUGAAGAGGUCCAAGCACUUUCAGCUACAGCGACUCUGCAAGGUUUCCAUGGACACGAAGAGGGAAUAAUAAAUCACCUGUUUUCAUUAAUCAUGCAGUACUUUUUAAUUUCUUCAUUUCUUACCCAUAUAGACUGUAAUUGAGGUUAACACUUUUCCUCCUUUGAAAUAUAUAAAUAUAUAUACAGUUUGCAGUAGACAUUCCUUAUGUAUUAUUUGUAUUUAUUUAUAAUUAUCAAUUUAACAUUUUAAUGUAUCAAACACCUUAUGAAAUGUAUGGAUGUAUACAGUUUUUUUUUUUUUUUUUUUUAAUUAUGAAAAUAUUUGAUUCCAUACAGAGCACUAAAAUAUUUUAAAGAAAUGUCCAUAUACUGCUAAUGGGGAUGGUACAAAUAAUUCUAUUGGUCCGAAUGUUAUAUUUUAAUGAGAAAUCAGUUAUAUACGGCAUUAAUCCCUAUACUCAAUAAUGUGCCUAGGGUUUUGCAAGGGAGACUGAUUAAGGAAAGCACUACAUUCAAUUCGGUCAUCAGUACAUUGGGGGAACAAAUGUAUUGCUUUGUGCUUAGCAAGUCAUUAUUUUAUGUUUGACAUUUUAAUGCCUUUGAGAAAUGAAUGUGAGGAAUUGCUUUCAUUGUGUUUUUUCCUUUAAAUCUGUAUGGUAGAAGUCUUCACUAAUUUUACUUAAAGUGCCAUAAUUUAUAAUCUACGUUUCUUAGUUUAUGAAAUGAAUAAAUUAAUUAUUCACAAACACCUUUCAGUUCUAAAUCCUUUAGCUAUAUACUUCAUUGCAAUUCAUGAAGUUUUUAGAUCCAGUGAACAAUAUACCAUGCGGCAUAUUGUAUCCAGUUCAUCUGCCCAUUAUUUACAGAUUUAUCUCUAUUUUAUGGGGAUGUAUGAGCAUUAGCACUGUUGAUCAGUGCUUUCUGUGUAAAUAUAUUGGACAUGUGAAAAUGUGCAUCUGAAGGAAAGUGAACAGCAUGAAAGCAAUUCUGUACAUGAACGCAUACUUGCUGCAUUGUCUCUGCAGAUUCUAUUUUUGUUUAAAAUAUAAAAUGUAUGUGAUUAAGAAUUGGUGGAUUUUCAAAUAAAUUCAGCUGCAACAUA